UUUGAGGUCAAAGGUCAAAAAUGGCCAUAAAUGACCUUGUCCGGGCCUUAGCUAUGUUGUUCAUUGCCAUACAUAAGCUUCUCUUGUUUUGUGAGACAGCAUGCAAAAUAUUCUGUGUCAAUGCAGAAUGUGGGGGUAUACGUCACGUCAGUGACAAAGCUCUAGUUAUAUAAUAUUGUCAAUGGGACACAGUAAUAUUAAUUUCUAUAUGGAUGAAAUGUAUAUGAAGUGCUGCAUGUACACUUCUGAUAAUGGUUGUGUUAAAGCGGAAAUUCAACGUUUUGGUAAAUUGAGCAAAAAUUGAAAAAAAAAAUGUUUGAAAUAUGCACAUUUUAUUUGUAGUUAUGAUAUUUGCGAGGAAACAGUAAUACUGAACAUUUAUCAUGCUAUACAAUAUCCAUUAUAUGCACAUUUUCGUUGUAGUUAUGAUAUUUGCGAGGAAACAGUAAUACUAAACAUUUAUCAUGCUAUACAAUAUCCAUUAUAUGACAAUUUCAAAAACCUGAAAAUUUUAAAGUUCUGUUGUUAUUGUUAUAUUUUGUGACAUUGGUCAGUGGUUCGAUUUAUUUUUUUUAUUUUUUUAUUAGCUCGACUUUUUAUAUAUAGUGGAGCUAUGGACCUACUCACCCUGGUGUCGGCAUUAGCGUGAGCGUGAGCGUUGGAAUGUUAAAGUUUGUGUACCACCUCAAAUAUUUUCUAUGUCCAUUGACAUAUUGCUUUUAUAUUUUGCAUACUUCUUUACCAACAUGACCCCAAUCUAUAAACAAGAGCAGACAACUGUAAAAAGCAUUUUGUAAGAAUUAUGGCCCCUUUUUCCACUAAGAAUAUGCAUAUUAUUGAUAAAUCUUUGUUAAAGUUUGCAUACAAACUCAAAUAUUUUCUUUGUCCCUUGACAUAUUGCUUUCAUAUUUUGCAAACUUCUUGACCAACAUGACCCCAACCUUUAAACAAGAGCAGGCAACUGUAACAAGCAUUUUUUAAGAAUUAUGGCCCCUUUUUAUGUCCCCCAGUCUAUACUGGGGGGCAUAUUGUUUUUUCCCUGUCUGUUUGUUUGUUGGUUUGCACAUAUAACAUUCAGGCCAUAACCUUUGUUAAAGUUACGUACCACCGCAAAUAUUUUCUAUGUCCCUUGACAUAUUGCUUUCAUAUUUUGAAUACUUCUUUACCAACAUGAACCAGAUCUAUAAACAAGAGCAGACAGCUGUAACAACCAUUUUGUAAGAAUUAUGUUCCCUUUUUAUACUUAAAACAUUGAAAAUUUGGUUAAGUUUUGUGUUUAGGUCUACUUCAUUCCUAAAGUAUCAAAGCUAUUGCUUUCUUACUUGCAACACUUACUUACUUUAAUAUGGGCACUGUGCAGGCAAAGUUGUGUAACUCUGAAUGGCAUUAUGUCAGAAUUAUGGCCCCUUUUAUAUUUAGAAAAUUGAAAAUUUGGUAAGUUUUGAUUUUUGUUCCACUUAACUCCUAAACUAUCAUAGCUAUUGCUUUCAGAAUUGGAACACUUGCUAAUUAUCAUAAGGGGACUGAACAGGAAAAGUUGCAUAACUCUGGUUGGCAUGUUGAUGGAAUUAUGGCCCUUUUUUGACUUAGUAACUUUGAAUAUUUUGUUAAAUUUUGUGUUUAGAUCCACUUUACUUCUAAAGUAUCAAGUCUUUGGCUUUUAAACUAUCACCUUACUAUCUUAUUAGUUCUUUUAUGUCUUGACAAAUGUUCAAUAGGUUGUGGAAAAUAUACCUCUAUAAAUGUACAACUUCUUUAAAACAUAAGCAAUCAUGCAAUAUGUUUCAUUUAUGCUCCUCUUCCAGUUAGAAUAUGACUAUAUUACCUUGACCUUAUUGACCCAUGAUGGCUUACGUAAAACUGUAAAGCACUCAAAUAGUCGAGCGCGCUGUCUUCUGACAGCUCUUGUUCUUGUUUUAUACUUGAGCUUUUUUGGUCCGAUGUUUGUAUAUAUCAAUUUAAAGCAUAUAAUGACAACUUCAAAACAUGCCAAAAUCUGUGAACAAGUCCCAUUAACCUUUUGACUUCAAUUGACAUUUAUGUGAGUAAUUUCAUCAAUAUGUAGUUCUUCAUUUAUUUAAUUAGCUAAAAGUGCAUAUUGGAUUGAUAAAUGAUUAUAUAACACAUGUCAGAAAAAGACUGUCAUUCCCCUAAAUAAUGGGCAGUCAUUUUACCGUUUAAAUAAUUAAUGCUUUAAAAACAAACUGUGGACAAGUCUAUUUUUCCCUUCAGGAUGUCAUACGGUUUAGUACUCUUUGACUGUGAUGGAACAACGGCCGUUGUUCAAAGGCGUCAACUUCAAGAUGAUGCAACUGUGGGACAGCGAUGUCAUCUGAAAGCAGCUGGGAACCACCUUUGUGAAAUCUUACAGCUUGCAGACACAAAGGAUGCACUAGACCAAUGGGAGCGAGUGUGGUCAACAACAUCAAGGAGCAAGAUGAUUGACCAAAAGAGGGACAGUGGAGAAACUAGUGGAUUUCUUGACCAGCAGAAUCUUCCACCAUUUGUUCUUUUGGACCCAGUAACUGUUGUAACCGACUCGGUUGUUCCCGAACACUCUGGGAAACGUAAGAAGUCAUCUCCAAAACAACAAAUCAGAAAACGAAAGAAUGAAAAAAUCCCUAACCCAAGACCCAAGAAAGUGACCCCUAAACCGAAAGCUGCAUCGACUCCGAAGGCAACUCGAAAAGGGGCAUCACAUCCACAAGAUGCCUCAACUCCGAAAGAGGCAACAAUAUUAUUGGGCUCCAAUGGAAGACAAUUGAAUGUCCUGAGUCAAACAGACGUCUACAACGGCCCAGGAGCAAAACCUAACCGAGCCCCUGUCCAUGUGGCUGACCUGAGCCAGGACCAACAGGAGCUGUUGGCAAGUCAUAUCAACAGCCAACAUUGCCACAAAGCAACGAUGACUGAGCCUGCAAUGACUUUUCUUACUGCAGAAGAGGUAGCAGGCUACGUUUGCAUAAACUAUGUGGGUAAAAAGCUUGAUGGUUUUGAAAAGAAACUUGACUCAUUUGAGAGUGUAGUACGAAGUGUUGAGAAACAGUUACGAAGGUUGGUGGCCUGUGAAGUUCUAGAGGCUGUUUCUGGUGAUGUAACUGUUCCUGAUGCGUUUGAUGUCAAUGAUGCGCCUGUCAGUGCUUGUGACGUAAAUGAUAAUUCUGUUGUGUCUUUAAGUGAUGCUGUUUGUCAUGAUGUUGUGUCUAUUGGGCAUGACAGUAUUUGUUUGUCUGGCGGCAGUGUUGUUAGUAAUGGUGUCAUGACUGUAGCUGGGUGUGAAACUAGUUGUAGAGCAAAUCCAGAUGCAUCUAUUGCUGGCAGUCUUGUAGGUCAUGAUAGUUUGUAUGUAGCAGGUGGGUUUGCAGGGUAUCAUAGUGUGUCUGAAGCAGGUGGGUUUGCAGGUCGAGAUGGUCUGUCCAUAGGAGGUGGUGUUAUAGGUACAGGUGGUUUUUCUGUAGGAGGUAGUGUUGUAGGUCGAGAUGGUCUGUCCAUAGGAGGUGGUGUUGUAGGUACAGGUGGUUUUUCUGUGGGAGGUGGUGUUGUAGGUGGAGAUGAUCUGUCCAUAGGAGGUGGUGUUGUAGGUACAGGUGGUUUGUCUGUAAGAGGUGGUGUUGUAGGAAGAACUGAAUUGUCUGCAGGAGGUGCAGUUGUAGGUAGAAAUGGUUUGUCUGCAGAAGGUGGAGUUGAAGGUCGAGAUGGUCUGUCCAUAGGAGGUGGUGUUGUAGGUACAGGUGGUUUGUCUGUAGGAGGUGGUGUUGUAGGUAGAACUGGUUUGUCUGCAGGAGGUGCAGUUGUAGGUCGAGAUGGUCUGUCCAUAGGAGGUGGUGUUGUAGGUACAGGUGGUUUUUCUGUAGGAGGUGAUGGUGUAGGUAGAAAUGGUUUGUCUUCAGGGGAUGGAGUUGUAGGUAGAAAUGGUUUGUCUGCAGGAGAUGGAGUUGUAGGUAGAAAUGGUUUGUCUGCAGGAGGUGGAGUUGUAGAUAGAAAUGGUUUGUCUUCAGGAGGUGGAGUUGUAGGUAGAAAUGGUUUGUCUGCAGGAGGUGGAGUUGUAGGUAGAAAUGGUUUGUCUUCAGGAGAUAGAGUUGUAGGUAGAAAUGGUUUGUGUGCAGGAGGUGGAGUUGUAGGUAGAAAUGGUUUGUCUGCAGGAGAUGGAGUUGUAGGUAGAAAUGGUUUGUCUGCAGGAGAUGGAGUUGUAGGUAGAAAUGGUUUGUCUGCAGGAGAUGGAGUUGUAGGUAGAAAUGGUUUGUCUGCAGGAGGUGCAGUUGUAGGUAGAAAUGGUUUGUCUGCAGGAGGUGGAGUUGUAGGUAGAAAUGGUUUGUCUGCAGGAGGUGGUGUGGUGGGUCAUGAUGGUUUAGCUGUAGGCCAUGUCAUGGAAGGUCAAGAUGUUUUUUAUGUUGGAGGUGGUCCAGUUGGUUUGGAUGUUAAUUCUGUUGGAAAUGGUGAUAUCCGAUGGGGCGUCAGGUCAAGAAGUGGUUUUUCUGAUCUAGAUGUUGUUAAUAACGGUCGUCUCUUUGAUAAUGUAAGUGAUUUGAUUUCCCCGCAUGUUGGAUAUGGUGAAAGGGAUAGGGAAUUAAACAGUGGAUUAAUUGUGUAUGAAAAUAGUAGGGAUGAUGAUAUGGAUGAUGAUUUGGGUGGUGAAAGGGUUGUGUCUGCUGAUAGGGUCCCUUUGAGGUCAAGGUUUGAGCAGCUUCCAGUGGUUAUAAGGUCAUGUAUUGAUAUGCAGUCUGUUUCAAAAAAUGCGCCUGUGAUGCUUCAUCCAGACAUUUUAGAUAGUUUGAUUACUCAACAUGACGGGAACAUAUCAAGAUUUGUGUGGGAUUUGACUAAACUUUUGUAUUCAAAUGAAGAAAUGAUAGAUAGCUCAUUCAAUGGCAAGGGAACAAGAAAAGCAUUGUCGCCGAGAAGAAAAUCGCUUAUUCUAAAUGGAGCGCAACAGGCAUUUCCUGGAGUUGGAAAAUGCACCCAGUAUAUUGCCACCGCCAUCAACAAUGGGUUAAAAAAUAAAAGAACCUAUCAGAGAAAGAACUAAAGAAGAAACUUUGGGAACUCAUUACCAGUAAUGAAUAGAGCACAGUGAGAAUUUAGCUAUGCUUUAACAAUAUGUGUUGUGAAAAGUGAUUUGUACCAGUAAAACAUUGUACGAAAUUGUCAUUUUUUUAGGAUUAAUUGGGCUUUAAUUUAAUUUUGAUACUCUUCAUUUAAAAGUAUGGCAUUGUUUAAAGUUUAGUUUACAAUAACCAGGUCCUUUUUGUUGUAUUUUAUUGUCAUUAAUUUUUUCAGUCAAAGAAUACACGAGUCUGUCUUGUAUCCUGGUUUUAUGUUUGCUUUAUUAAUUAUAUUACAUAUAAAGUAAAGUAGUUAUCCUAUCUACAAAAAAUAACCGGUUUUCCACUUGAAUGCCAGGUGUAACGUUUUGGUUCUGGGUGACCAUAUUGCACGAAUCGAGUAUGGACUUUAUUUGAUUCCUGCUGUUUAUGUGUGUAUCUUUUUAACCAUAAUUUGUCUUGAUUUGGGUUGAGUAUUGUAUUAAAAGCAUCUCCUAUUAUAUAAGUUUUAUCCAUAUUUUGCAGAAGAUGUUUUUCCAGUUUCAAAAAAAAACUUGUUUCAUCUUUGUUUGGUCCAUAUAUAUUUAUUAAGGUGAUUUUUUGAUUAUUAAUAAUAACAUCAAUUGUGCAUAAUCUACCCGGUACUCUUUCUUUAAAAGCGCCUAUACUUACAUUAUCUUUUAUUAAAAUUCCUAAACCUUCACUAUUUGAUUUUUUCCCACUGUAAAAACAUAUUCCACUUCAUUCUGAUUGCCAUUUCUUUUUGAUAGCUCAAGACAAGCUCAAUCUUUGACAUGUAUCAUGAAGUAAACACACUGUUUAAUUAUUUUCUUCAAACCAUUUGAAUAUACUUUGCAUUUUAUUAUCAUUGUUGAGACCACUUACAUUUAAAGAACAUAUUUUUUCAUACAUUUUUAUCUUCAAAAGGCUUUAUUUAUGUCUAAUUGAAAAGUGCUGAAUCUUGCCUAUGAAAUUUAUAAGAAUACAUAUUUAUAACAUCAAUGAGGCUUAUGAGUUAUGAGCCUCUUCGUCGACUUAAACCAGGUUAUAGAACUAGACCAAAGUUAAGUCAAAUUACACUGAAACCUUUGUCGCAUGGUAGUGCAAUGUUAAAUAACAUACAUAUAGAUAUGAACACUUUUGCCAUUUGUUGUCUCUUGUCUAUGUUUUGCAUGCAAUAUUAUGCUUCAUUUGUUUGUUAUUGUUUGUUAUUGAUGGAUGUGAAACCAGAGAAAUAAAUAUGCAAUAAGCUC